AAUAUGGGCGUGGCAGAAAAACCCGACGGUUUCGCGCAAGCGCACGUUAUCGAGCGUCUCGCUGGAGAGAUCAGCCCACACAGCAUUGAGCAGCAAGCGCACAGGCAGCAGCAGCGAUGUGGAAUUACACACGAAACAACGUAACGUUACCGUGAUUUCAAGACGGCCGAAGAAUGCCCCAUACGUUGAGAGGGUGGGAGGCGUGACGGGUUUGUCCUGUUUUUCCUCCUGCUGUUGGGAUGACAUGAGAGCUCAGAGCCCUGACUAAAGUGGAUCAGAAAGGAGGGAGGUGUCCACCAUCCUCUGGCCAUCAUCUUUCUCCACAGCACCGGCGCCAUCGCAUCCCAGGGCUUUGUUUUGUGGAGAUUACAUUAGCAGUGUGGAAUGAGACAGAGAUUUGCUUGUAAGUAUCUUCGCUUAGAAUAAUGUUGCCGGGCGUGGGUGUAUUUGGAACAGGGCAGACGGUACGUGCCCUGGUGCCGUUGCUCCAAAAGGAAGGCUUCCCUGUUCAGGCUGUUUGGGGCCGUACGCAAGAGGAAGCAGAGUCACUAGCCAGCGAGUUGGAUAUUCCCUUUUCCACCAGCAAGACAGAUGAUGUGCUGCUACAUCCGGAGGUCCAUCUUGUCUGCAUAUUAACACCUCCUCCACACACACGCCAGAUUGCGGUAAAAGCUCUGGGUAUAGGUAAAAAUGUGAUUAGUGAGCAGGCAGCUACGCUGACAGAUGCCUGUAAGAUGGUGACAGCGGCAAGAUAUUAUCCACAACUUAUGAGUAUCAUGGGAAAUUCCUUGCGCUUCUUGCCCGCAUUUGUCCAGAUGAAACGCCUGCUUGGAGAGGGCUAUUGUGGGAACUUGCAGGUAUGUGAAGCACGUGUUUAUGGAGGCUCACUGCUCAGCCAGUCAUAUGGAUGGGCGUGGGAGGAGCUGAUGGGGGGAGGUGGCCUGCAUACAGUCGGCUCCUGCAUCAUCGACCUCCUGAGCCACCUCACGGGACGUCGAGCUGUGCGAGUGCAUGGAAUGCUCCGGACCUUUGUACGUCAAGGUGGUCCGGCAGGAGGGAUUCGUUCUGUAACUGCAGAUGACUACGCUUGCUUUCAGCUGCUGAUGAACGGAGGCGUGGUCUGCAGCGUGACAUUAAACUUCAAUCUCCCCGGCACAGAUGUGCAUGAGAUCAUGCUUGUGGGGUCAUCAGGACGACUCAUUGCUCGAGGAACAGAGCUGUGCGGCCAACGGGCCAGCAUGCAAGUAGAGGAGCUUCUUUUGAGCGAUGGUGGAGAAGGUGUAGGGCCUUCUGUCCGGGGACUGAACAGCAUGGUGACUCAGCUCAGACUCUCCUUUCAGGCACAAGAGGACAGGCGCUCUUGGGCGCGGCAUCCUGUUUCCAUGGCAGCCUCGUUUGAGGAUGGGCUGUAUGUACAGACGGUUGUAGAUGCUAUCAAACGGUCAAAUCGCACUGGAGAGUGGGAGUCAGUGGAGGCUGAUGUCCAGUGCAUUGGACAUGCUAACGGUUCUACUAAGCUGCACAAAGAUUCUUGA